AUGUCGGCCCAUCAGGUGUGCAAUGCUCCCGCCGCGCUGGCCAUCAGAUAUAACUACCAAUCCACUCUUUUAACCACACAAAACCACGCCCACACACCAACAGAACUACCAAUCCACUCUUUCAACCACACUAACCACGCCCACACACCAACAGAACUACCAAUCCACUCUUUCAACCACACUAACCACGCCCACACACCAACAGAACUACCAAUCCACUCUUUUAACCACACAAACCACGCCCACACACCAACAGAACUACCAAUCCACUCUUUCAACCACACUAACCACGCCCACACACCAACAGAACUACCAAUCCACUCUUUCAACCACACUAACCACGCCCACACACCAACAGAACUACCAAUCCACUCUUUUAACCACACAAACCACGCCCACACACCAAUAGAACUACCAAUCCACUCUUAA